CUUGAUCCGAUCCCUUUUGGAGCUGAAUACGGGCAGCUGGAAAAUGGGUUGACUUACUAUGUUCGAUGCAACCCGAAACCCCAAAUGAGAGCUGCUCUUGCUCUUGCUGUUAAAGUUGGUUGGGUGAUGGGUGUGAUCGACAAUCCUUUCUAUCAAUUUGCACUAGUUCUGAUGUAUCCGGCAAUGAGAAGAAUAAAUCUCAAGUUCCUUCUGCAGUUUUGCUGCAUUAGGAAGUUAGUGUAACUCUUUUAUCGUGGUUAAGCUCCAUGUAUGUGUUUUGCACAUAUGAGUUGUUAGUUUUCACACAUUGGAGAAGAAGAGAAAUAAUAACCAUUUUACUAGCUUGAGGAGUUACUCCUUCCAUUGCCACUCGGUUUUGGGAUGGAGCCUCACUUGGGGUUUCUCAAUCUGUGAAGAGGAGAGUGAACGAGGAAUUGCCCAUAUAGUUGAACACCUUGCUUUUAGCGCAACCAAGAAAUACACAAACCAUGAUAUUGUCAAAUUCUUGGAAAGUAUAGGGGCAGAGUUUGGUGCCUGCGGAAAUGCUUAUACAAGUUUUGAUGAGACUGUUUAUGAGCUGUUUGUUCCUAUAGACAAGCCUGGACUAUUGUCUGAGGCGAUUUCCAUUUUAUCAGAAUUCAGCUCUGAGAUUCGGAUUUCUGCUGAGGACUUGGACAAAGAAAGAGGAGCUGUCCUGGAAGAAUAUAGACAAGGCAGGGAUGCUAGUGGUCGUCUGUCUGAAGCAACAUUUUCCUCAAUAAUGGAGGGUACAAAGUAUGCAAACCGUUUUCCAAUUGGGUUGGAAAAUGUGAUUCGGACUGCUCCUGCUGAGGUCGUAAAGCAAUUUUAUCAGAAAUGGUACAAUUUACAGAACAUGGCAGUAAUAGCAGUUGGAGACUUUCCUGAUACGGAGAGUGUUGUCAAGUUGAUAUCCCAGCAAUUUGGCCAAAUGAAUUCACCAGUACCUCCAAUUACCCAAGAGCCGAACAUUCCAUUUCAUCACAAAGCACGGUUUUCAUGCUUGGUUGAAUCCGAAGCGUCAGGGACCACAGUAGAGAUAAACUGGAAGAUGUUGAAUGUUGAGCCUAAGACUGUGGGGGACUAUAAAGACUGGCUCAUUGGAGUUGUGUUCCGUUCAGCUUUGAACCGUAGAUUUACUAAAAUAUCUCGGAGAAAGGAUCCACCCUAUUUUGGAUGCUCUGCAGCAGAAGUGGAGUUGGUUUGUCCAGUCAAAGCUGUCCAAAUAUCUUCAUCCUGUAAAGAGAAAAAUAUACUGGAAGCCUUGAAAUCAGUGCUCACUGAGAUUGCAAGGAUUAGGUUACAUGAGUUCUCUGAGCGCGAAAUAUCAAUAGCUUGUGCCAAUAUCAUGUCAGAAAUAGAGUCAGCUUAUUUAGAGCGUGAGAAAAUGCAAUCAAGCACUUGGCGGUAUCAGUAUCUGCAGCAUUUUCUUCGCAAAGAAGCUGUUCUCGGGCUUGAGUUUGAGGCUCAGCUGUGUAAAAGUAUUUUGCCUCAGCUAUCAGUAUCUAUGGUGUCCAGAUAUUCUGAGAAGUUACGAAUGUCGAAAAGUUCUGUUAUAACAAUAACUGAACCUCGAGCCACAGUAACGGAGAAAGAUCUUCAGGAUCUUGUAUCAGAUACGAAUUCUCUAGAGGAGGAAGGAAAAAUUUCUCCAUGGGAGGAUGAUUUCAUUCCAGACGAAGUUGUCCAGGUGAAGCCAACUCCUGGGGAAAUUAAGCAUCAAGCUGAAUAUCAAGAUAUUGGAGUUACUGAGCUAAUUCUGUCAAAUGGCAUGAAAGUUUGCUACAAAUGUACAGAUUUCAAGAAUGACCAGGUUGUCUUUAAAGGAUAUUCAUAUGGAGGUUAUUCGGAACUUUCAGAAAGUGAGUAUCUAUCUUGCAUGUUAAGCUCGAGUAUCACUGGAGAAAUUGGUCAGUUUGGUUAUAAACCAUCUGUGUUAGAGGAUAUGUUGGCUGGUAAGAGAGCUAGUGUCAACACAGAACUUGGCGCAUAUACUAGAAAUUUCAUUGGUGAUUGUUCACCUUCAGAUUUAGAAAUCGCAUUGCAGCUUGUCUAUCAACUGUUCAUGACAUGUGUGGAACCUGAAGAGGAUGAUAUUAAAAGAGUGAUACAGAUAGUAGAAGAAGUGAUUCGAGCUGAUGAAAGAGAUCCUUACUAUGUCUUCACAAAUCGGGUAUCGAGAAUCAAAUAUGGAAAUUCUUACUUUUUUAAGCCAGCGCUAGUUAAUGACCUUCCAAAAGUUGAUCCAAAGAAAGCUUGUGAAUAUUUUGACCAUAGCUUCAAAGACCCCUCAACAUUUACUGUUGUGAUUAUUGGGAAUCUUGAUCCAGCUAUGAUUCAGCCAUUAGUACUGGAAUAUCUGGGAGGAAUACCAAAGCUUGCAGAACCUGUUUUAUGUUUCAACUUGGAUGAUCUCAAAGGUUUACCAACCACUCCUCCUAUAAGCAUAGUAAGAGAAAUUGUUAGAAGCCCUAUGGUGGAAGCGCAGUGUUCAGUCCAUAUAUCUUUUAGUAUAAAGCUGUGUGGUGGAACCAUGAUGGAGGAGAUGUGGUUUGCUAUAUUUUUGAGCCAGCUUCUUCAGACAAAAAUGACCCAGGCUCUGCGUUUCAAACACGGAGAGAUUUAUUCUGUAAGUGUUGAUUCAAACUUUGGCUAUAGCAAGCCAUCAAAAACUGCUGACUUGGAGGGUGAGAUGACAAUUGAAUUUUCGUGUGAUCCAAAUGUCUCUUCUGCACUGGUUGAUAUCGCUUUAGAUGAAACACUGCGUCUGCAAGAGCACGGGCCUUCAGAAGAAGAUAUCUCCACUGUGCUUGAGAUUGAACAGAGGGAUCAUGAAAAUGAACUGCAGGAAAACAUAUAUUGGCUUUUUCAGAUUUUGAAGUGCUAUCGUUCAAGGUUGUAUACUGAUAAUCUAGGAUCUACAUUUCAGGUACUAGACAAAGCGAGAAGCAGAGCUCGGCAAACACUUUCUCCAUUAACUGCAAAAUGGGCACUACAGAAAAUAUUACCCUACCCUUGUAAACAGCAUUAUGUCUCAGUGACCUUAAUACCAGAAACAAACCGUUUUCGUUUACUGAAACACCAACUUAAAACCCAGCUUAAGGAAAAAUACUAUGGUAGAUAUAUGAAGACUGUGGACAAAGUGUGGAAGGUUUUUGCCAGGAAACACGUUUCUCACUGAAGCAGGAUAUGUCAACUACGACUACAUGAGUACGGGGCCGGACAUCCCAUUUGUACAGCGGAUUCAUUUUAAUCAGGAGCUAGUUUCUUUUGGGAACUAUGACAUCCAUAUUCCACUAUUUGACUGUGAAUAAUAACACUACUAUAUUCCUCUUCCCUGGGUUGUGACUUUUAGGUCCACAAAUUAUAUUUUCCUUUCGAUGAUUCUAUAACUGCAAUUUCUUGGGCGGUUGUAUACUGAUAGUCUAGGAUCUUCAGGCAGUUUCUGGUGUGAAUACACAAUUGUUAAGGGUUUCUAUCCUACAAGUCUACAACCUAUACAAAGUAUUUCUGAUACUCUUCAUUUUACCUUAAAUACAAAAGUAUAUAUCUUUCA